GAGUACGGAGUAGUGGCCAUUGGUUGGGAUGAGUACGGAGUAGUGGCCAUUGGUUGGGAUGAGUACGGAGUAGUGGCCAUUGGUUGGGAUGAGUACGGAGUAGUGGCCAUUGGUUGGUGGAUGAGUACAGGGAGUAGUGGCCAUUGGUUGGAUGAUGAGUACGGAGUAGUGGCCAUUGGUUGGGAUGAGUACAGGGAGUAGUGGCCAUUGGUUGGGAUGAGUAGAGUCAGUGGCUAUUGGUUUUAGGGCAUGUUACGUAGAUCAUUAGUGAGUUUAGUAGGGCAGAGUUCAGUGGAGUGGUAGUUGGUGGGG